AUGGAUGAUGACAGCCAGGAUGAACUGAUAAACAAAAAUGCUGCAGUACUCAAGGGCAAAAGACAGCGUCUCGCGCUCCUCAGCGAAACAGAAAGCAGUGGUGAAGAUAGCUGUGAUUCAGAAGAUGAUACCGGAAGUGAGGAGGAAAAAGAUGACACCAAGGAAGAAGGAGGUGAGGAGGACAAGGAAGAAAGUGAAGAUGAAGAAUUAGAAGAUGGCAAAGUCAAUGAUGAAGAAGAGGAAGAGGAGAAAGAAACUGAGGAUAGCGAAACGUGCCCCAUUUGCCUCAACACGUUUAGGGAUCAGGCUGUUGGGACUCCUGAGAACUGUUCUCAUGAAUUCUGCCUGGACUGCAUCGUGGAGUGGUCUAAGAAUGUAAACUCCUGUCCGGUGGAUAGAAUCCUCUUUAACUACAUUAGCGUUCGGGCACAUUUUGGUGGUAAAAUCCUAAAAAAGAUUCCUGUUGACAACCCGAUAACUCGGGGUAAUGAUGGAGAGGAUGAUCCAACCUUCUGUGAGGUGUGUGGCAGAAGUGACCGCGAGGAUCGCCUGCUGCUCUGUGACGGCUGUGAUGCAGGGUACCAUAUGGAAUGCCUUAAUCCACCUCUGAGUGAAGUCCCUGUAGAGGAAUGGUUCUGUCCAGCCUGUGCCCCCGUGGGCAUGGGUGCUGCUGCAGAUACAGAUCAUGUCAGUGAAGAAGAGGAUGCUGCCCUCGUGGCUGAUGUUAUUGCUACCACCAGUGGGCUACGCCCUCAUGUCCGAACCCGAGCUAUAGCCAGAACUCGACAGAGUGAACGAGUUAGAGCAACAGUGAACAGAAACCGGAUAACAACAGCGCAACAAAUUCAGCACGUGCCAAGGUACCUCACGUCCUCUCUUGUGGAUGAAACAAUUGAGGCAGUUGUCGCAGGCCUAAACACAGCCAUCUACCAGCGUCCUCUUACACCAUGGGCUCCUACUAGACAGAAAAGAAAAAGAGGUAGGAGGAAGAAAGUAGGAGGCAAAAAAAGAACUCAGACAAAAUCUUCUGCUGCAAAGAAGAGUUCAGGGAUACAGCUGAAGAGACGCAAGCGUCUGAUAAAGAAGAGAAGGGGAAAAAAGCAGAGAAUGAAAAAUGAGGUUACUACUCGCUCCCGUAUUGCAAGAACUCUUGGUCUUAGUAAACCUGUGCGUGGGGCCUCGAUUCCUUCCAUGUACAAACCAACGGAGCCCUCGCUUGGUGUGAUGAGAGCAGAUAUCGGUGCAGCCUCUCUGUCUGUGUUUGGAGAUCCAUAUGAGUUGGAUCCUUAUGAAAGUAACGAAGAGGUUCCAGCAAAUCCAGAUUCACCAGUGAGUGCCAAAAGGAGAGUUCUCUCCCAGUCAGCACUGAGGUCUCACCGUCCUGUGGCUAGACCUAUUUCUGUGGGACUUUCCAGAAGCAGUGUACCUGCCUUGAGUCCUGAUCAAGAAGCAGAAGCUGCCCCUGUGCCUGAUCUGUUGGGAAGUAUCCUGUCUGGACAGAGCUUUCUCAUGAUGAGUAGUUCAGAUGUGGUCAUCAACAGAGAUGGUUCACUGACGGCGAAGAACAUAGGGAUGCCGUUUUACAGACUUCAGCGAGCAAAAGAAGGGGCCUGGAAAGCGGAGGACUUGAACCAAACGUUAUAUCAGGUGUACUGUCAAAAUAUACCUUUGAUGCCAGCUCUGCCCUCAAGCCUUCCCCCCUAUGCCCCUGUCAGCCAGCCCACGGUUCAGUUUAUCAUGCAGGGUAGUCUUCCAGCACUUGGCUGCAUGGUAGGACAGAGCCUGACUCCGGAGCCGGGCAGCCUGGUUACGGCAUCUGAACCAGGAAUCCAAGCUGCUUCUGUUGGAAAUGCAGAAGAAAAGAUCAAAGCACCCAAACCUCCAGUGGAUAAAACAAAAAACGAGGAAUACAUGAAGAAGCUUCACAUGCAGGAAAGGGCUGUGGAAGAAGUGAAACUUGCUAUUAAACCUUUUUACCAGAAGAGGGAGAUUACAAAGGAGGAGUACAAGAACAUUCUUCGGAAAGCAGUGCAAAAGAUCUGCCACAGCAAAAGUGGAGAGAUCAACCCUGUGAAGGUGGCUAAUCUGGUGAAGGCAUAUGUGGAAAAAUACAAACAUAUGAGGAAACAUAAGAAGUCUAAUGGUGAAGAUACACGUGAAGUGGAAAACUGAGAGCAAGCCACAGCCAGCAUGACUUGGACUGGACUUACUCUGGCUGCAAACACUAUGCCAGAGGGAAUAAUAGAUCUGCAGUUGCAUCUCAUUGAAAUAACAGUGCAGAGAAGCAAGAUUAUAAUAAGACUUAUCUGUGGAACCUUUUUUGAAUUGUUUCCAUAUGGGAAUGA